GCCGCUUCCUUUAGCAACGCGCGCAAAAGAGCGUAUCGGCGAGCAAGACGCAGAGCGGAGAUCGCUGGUGGGACCAUAUACAGAGGAGUCUGGCGAUCGGCACAAGAACUGCAGACGAUCUACCGGGGCUGUACCCAGAUGCAGGCGAGGAUUCCCUUGCCUACGAGGCGUGUCAAGCCCGCGCCCAGACUGCGAGCUGCCACGUACAAUAUAGGAGGCUUCUCAAGUGAGACAUACGACGUCUUUUGCAGAUGGCUUACUACACAACAAGAUUUCGAUCUGGUGCUGGUCCAGGAAACCCACUGGGGGCUGGGAAAAACCGAAGGGAAGUGGCGCAUCGGCACCUGGACGGCGAUAGUCAGCCCGGACUCCAAAAGUCGCUACGCGGGUGUUGCCACUUUUGUGUCUUCAAGAAUCGCAGAGGAGUCCCAGAUCAGCCACAGUGUCUGCCUGGCAGGCAGGAUACUGCACGUACGCUGUGAAGGCGAACGAACUCGGCUGGAUAUUGUGAACUGCUAUCAAUGGGUCUGGCAAGACAAACAGGCAGAGACGGUGCAGAAGAACAGGUCUCAUUUCUGGAGCAAGCUGGGCGGUUUGCUGCACUCACUGCCAGUCCGGAAUAUGCUCCUCUUAGGGGCUGACUUCAAUAGCAAGCUGCGACCGGUGGCUGGACUGGUAGGACGAGGCCUCAUGAAGAGCAGCCAGGGCAAUGAGACUGAGCUGGAGGCAAUCUUGCAAACACACAAUCUGGUCCUUGCCAACACGUGGACCAGUUCCAGGCCCAGUAAGGCGCAUACGUUCCGUAAUGGUGCAACAAUGAGUCAGCUGGACUUUCUAGCCACACGGCGGCUCACCGUGGAUGCUGAGGCCAAGAAAUCAGCACCUAUUUUGCUUGAUUUGGUACCCUGGCGUAAAGGACCUAAGCAUAGACCUGUGAGUGGUUCUUUCAAGUGGGUUGCUGGAUGGAGCUGCGCUAAGAAGAAACAGAAAUCACAGGCCUACUCUAAACAAGACCUCAGGGAACACUUAGCGGCUAACACUGACAGGGCACAGGUUCUUCGCUCUUUUGUGCAAGGGGCCAUAGCAGAGUGUAGGGACAGUCUGUGCUUCACAGAGCUCAAUCGUGUCGUGCUGCGCAAGUGCGUGGAGCUCUUCCCGGCAAAGCAGGUAGCAUCGGACAAACCCAGAGACACGCCGCAAGUUCAGCAAGCCAUUAACAGCAUGUGGCUGGCAUAUGAACAGCUCCGCGCCCCGCUGCCGACUGGGCAGUUUCAGCGUGCCUCCGUGGCCGUAUCUAGGCAGCUGCACUUCCAAAAGGCUAGUCGUGAAAUGAAACAACAUAGCAGACAAGCUAGGAAGCAAUGGUUGUUAGAUAACAUCGUGCUUGCGGAACAGGCUGCGCAAAAGAAAGACUAUGCUGAGCUCUAUAGAAUCAUUAACAAGGUCGCCCCGAAGAAGCGCAGAGAACAGGUGCGUAUCCGUAGCCGAGAAGGAGGACUUCUCACAAAACAGCAAGAGUUUGCGGAGAUCUUUGAAUAUUUCAGCAAAGCUUUCAAGUCAGGGAGUGCAUGCAUAGACACCACGCCCAAUUGUCUCGUGUUGUCUAGGGAGGAAGUUACUGACGCACUGUCACAGCUCAAACGAGGGAAGGCCGUACCCACGGCCAGUGUACCAGCAGAGGUUUGGCAAACCUGUCCGGAUGAGUAUGCCGAUGCACUCUCAGGCAUGCUUUCAGCUCGUGCCAAUCACGGGCUCGCAGUGCCGAGUGAGAUCUCUCACUGUGAGCUAUCGCUGUUGCCAAAGCCAGCCCUUGCCGCCGCACUGGAUAUGGCUGGAGUGCCCCUGGCGUUGCGGGGUGCCACUGCGGUGCAGAAGAGAAUACAGCGCAAAACAGCUGGAGCCACGGCUACCAAUGACACAGAUUGGUAUGCCGGCCUGCAGGCGAGCCUGGAAGAGAUCAUGAAGUAUGUUGAUGCAUUGGAGCCAGUGCCCGCUCCAAUGACGGAGGACUAUGCAGCGGUGGCCAGGAAGGAUGCGGCGACGGUGUUUGGGGAGGACGAGGACAAGGACAUGCCCCAGCAGGAGAAGCCCACGGAGCAGGAGGAUCCUUGGCAGGACCGCUGGCACAGGGCAGGGACAGGGGAGCAAACAAAGUGGCCAAAGGCGCAGAAGGGACAGUAUGGAGGCAAAGGAAGCUGGUCUUCAUGGUCCCAGAACCCCAAGCGCAAGCAUGCGGAGCCGGAGGAGGCACACGUCGGGGAGUUGGACCAGGCCACCAAGGAGCUCAUCGGGGCCAUGACGCGGAUGAGCCUCAGGCACGAAGCGGAGCUGGCCCGGCUGAAACAAGACACCGGGUUUAUGCUGUUCAUAGACACAGCAGACUACAGCUGCUUAGCCAAGCUUCGAGCGGCGGGGGACAAGUGGCAGACACAGUAUGCCAACCAGCAGGUCACCACGUCGUUGAAGGUGGUCCUGAUGUCGGGCCUUUGCCAGCUGCUGCGCCGAAAGGUGGAGGAACUGCAGAAGGACGAGGCGAACCUCGAGAGGCUCAUGAAGGUGGGGUGGCUGUCGGAAGGACGCAAUGCCCUGGAUCCGGUCUUCCACUUUUACGAGUGGAGCCCAUCCGAGAAGAAGGAGCUUCGCUCCACGGCGCCUCCAAUUCCACUGACGGAGGUCCUGGGCAUGCUGGACACUCUCGAGCAGAACAUCACGGUGCCGGGAGUGUUAACGCAGUUCAAGUCCACCCGACAGUGGAGCGAGUCCCACCGCUCGGAGGUGAUGCCUUUUCAGGUAUCCCUGAGCCUUCGCCACGAGGAGGCCCAUCGCUGCCAUCGAUGCUUCGUCCGCCUAUCCGGGAACUCGGCGAUGAAGUUGCUGGGAGCCAGGCUGCGGCCGGAGAGAGGGCAACGCAGCAAUCUAGCUCGGGAAGUGGAGGACGCUUAUCGUGCUACCAGCUACUGCAAUUGGGGGCCAAGACGCGAUUGGCAGAAGCCGCAGUCCACCUCGCAGACGGCAACGGAGGGCGAGAAGCCAUCGACCUAG